AUGGUACUUGAAUUAGUUGUGAAUUUAGAAAAUCACAAGAGGAGGAUCUGGAGCAUAUGUUGGAGCCCCGAUGGGAAUUAUUUAGCUUCUGUAGGUGCUGAUAAAUAUAUUAUGAUAUGGGUAAAAAAAAAUAAUGAGAAGAUAAGAAAAACCAAUAACAGUAAUAAGAUAAUGAAAAAAGCCUUAAAUAUAUUCGGCGAAAAAACUCAGAUUAAAAGUAAUAUCGAAUUUGAUAUUUAUGAUAUUAUAGAAACACAACAUGAAAAAUCUUUAAGACAUAUUGAAUUUUCUAAAGAUGGAAGUUUUUUUGUUGUUGCUUCAUUUGAUUCCAAGUGUUCAAUAUAUAAAAAAAAUAAUAAUGACAAAUGGGUCUAUUAUAAAAUGUUAGAAGGUCAUGAAAAAGAAGUAAAAUGCGCCUCCAUUCACCCUUCAAAUAAGUAUAUUGUAACGUGUGGUAGAGAUAAAAGUAUAUGGGUUCACGCAAAGGGGGACGCUGGAAAAACAGAUAUGAAGAGUAAGAACCAUACAAAUGAUAAGAAUGGUGAUAGUGUCAAAAAGGAUGAUAGUGUCAAAAAUGAUGAUAGUGUCAAAAAGGAUGAUAGUGUCAAAAAGGAUGAUAGUGUCAAAAAUGAUGAUAGUGUGAAAAAUUAUGAUAGUUUCAAAAAUGAUGAUAAUUAUAAGAACGAUGAUAAUUAUAAGAACGAUGAUAAUGUUAUAAAUGACGAUAGUGUCAAAAAUGAUAAAAAUAACACAAGUGAUUAUAUUCUUCAAGAUGAUCAAGCUUUAUCAAAUCAUGACAUAAAUAAUAAUAAUAAUCUACAAAAUAGUAAUAAUUUGGAUUUUCACUUUGAUGCUUAUCUUACAGCACACACAGAAGACAUAAAAUUUGUUUCCUGGUGUCCUCUAAGUGAAAAUACAUUCAUAUCUUUAUCUUAUGAUAAUUCUUUAAAAUUAUGGGCCAAAAUAAUGAAUGAGUGGAAUUGUAUACAAACAUUAAAUGAACAUACUUCAGUAGUAUGGUGUGUGACCUUCAAUUUUGACGGAUCUCAAUUUGCUACUUGCUCAGAUGAUAAAACCAUUAGGAUUUGGAAAAGUGAAAAAAAGUUAAGCUAUAAUUUACAUAAGUAUCCGUUUCUUUAUGAAAGAACAAUAAAGGAUCUUAAAGACACAUCAUAUAGUAAAGAGACAAGCAAAAAUAUGGAUGAAGAAAAGGUUACUGAUAAUAACAAUACAUGUGAAAAUAAAAAUGUAGUACAAAAUGAUGAUAGUAUAAACAAUAACAAUAAUAAUAAUAAUAAUAAUAAUAAUAAUAGUGUCAAUAAUAAUAACAACCAUAUCGUUGGAGGUCUUCAUCAGACUCAAGCAUGUGAAGGUAAAGAACUUGCAGAAGGAACCAAUGAAAUGACAGAAGUAAAAUCAAGAAGCAAAGAAAAUAUAAACAAUACAGACAUAAAUAAAAGUAAUAGCCAAGAAGUUGUAAAAUCUAAAGGAAAAAGUGAAAAUAAAAUAUUUAAAAAAACAACCAACUUUUUUAGUAAAUUGAAAGAAAUUAAAAGUAAGAAAGACAACGAACAAAAAAAUAUUCUAUCAAAUAUUACAAUAGUAAAUUAUUCAGAACAAAAAGAUGAUUUAGGUACAUUAUCCAAAGUAUAUAUUCAACAUAAUUUUGUGCCUUUAUAUUUUAAUAAUGGACUUUUUAAAUAUGUAUAUAAUUUCUCACAAGUAGAAGAUAACACAAAUAUUCAUAAUGAUUUGAAGAAAAAAGAUCAACAUAAUAAAAGAAAUAAUAUAAAAGAUCAUGUUACUAAAAAUUUGGACAAUAAUAUAACAAAUAAUGUACAAAGUGAUCAAAUACAUAAUAAUGAUAUUUUAGAUAAAAAUAGUAACCAUACUAAUAUAGAAAUUGAAUAUAAACCAAAAAAGGAAUAUGUUGAAGAGUUCCAAGAAACAUCUUUACAUACUUCAGAAGAUACUAAUUCAACAAUUAAACAAAAUAUACUUAAAAAAGAUCAAAAUGUUUAUGAUACAAAUUUUGAUGAUUGGAAAGUGAACAAUGUUAUACAAGGAUAUCAUAAAAGAAGCGUUAGUUAUAUUGAUUGGAAUUCAUAUGAAGAUUUAAUAGCAGCCUCAUCAUUUGAUAAUUCAUUAAAAAUAUUCAAAAAAAUAAAUGAAGAAUGGGAACUCAUAUCAAAUGUAGACAAUGCACAUAUGAGUGAUGUUAACUGUGUUGUCUGGUGCCCUCAAAAAUAUCAAGAUUACUUUUUACUAGCUACAGCUGGGGACGACUGUGUCAUAAAUAUAUGGAAAUACACAAAGGGAUGA